AUGCCGGACUCGCUAAACAGAUUCAAUAAAGAAACACAAGAAAUUAUAAGUCAAUGGUGGGUUAAUAACGCAAAAAAAAAUAAUAAUGACAACCUUGAAGAAGUAGAGGAUACUUAUAUCGAUCCAUUGUUGCUAGUAAUAGAAUGGAAUGAUGCUGGGUUCCAAAAUCGAAAUUUUCAAAAAACUAAUGUGGUUGCUAUUAUUCAAGCAUUCGAUGGCUGUCAACAAGUAAAACCUGACCAAGCAUAUCACGUCGGAAACACAAUUGUGUCCCCAUCGCAAUCCAUCUUUAGUGUCUCCGAUACUCGAACUCAUUGCAAAGCACAAUUAGCUGAAGACAUCGUAAGUGAACUUAGGGAGUUAUAUUUUCAAAGAAAUCGUGCAUCGUUAGGCAGAGUUUACGAAGUACAAGCCACCAAAAAAGGCGUGUUCGAAAUCAGGGAACAUCGUAAAGUGUUUUAA